CAUCUGACUGGGCCAGCCCAAGUCCUGGACAGUCGUGGAGGAGUCUGCUGUUGGUUCAUUUUCAUCAUGGCUGCUGUUCAAACGGAGGUUUCCCUGUACUCACAACCAUGGCAGAGGCCUUUGCACAUCUAUGGGGGGCUGGUGUGCAACUCUCUGAUGGCUGACUCCUGGUCGGACAGAACUCCUCUCCAUGAAGCAGCCUACCAGGGCAGACUGCUCCACCUGAGAUCCCUCAUCACUCAGGGCUUCCAUGUAGACACGCUCACCAUGGACAGAGUCUCUCCUCUCCAUGAGGCUUGUCUCGGGGGCCAUUAUGCUUGUGCCAAGUUCCUGCUGGACAGUGGUGCAAAUGUGGACGCAGUAUCAACAGAUGGCGCCACACCUCUUUUCAACUCCUGCAGCAGUGGGAGUGCUGCCUGUGUCAGGCUGAUCCUGCAGCACAGUGCCUCCAUCCACACCACAUACCAGCUGGCGUCACCCAUCCAUGAGGCCGCAAAGAAAGAUCACAGAGAGUGUCUGGAGCUGCUGAUCUCAUAUGGAGCUCAUAUUGACAUGGAGCUGCCAGUGGUGGGGACACCGCUGUAUUCUGCAUGCAUGGCCCGGGCCGCAGCCUGCGUAGAUAUGCUGCUACACUCAGGGGCAGAUGUUCAAAUAGGCUGUGGGCAGGACAGUCCGCUACAUGCUGCAGUUCGAGAAGGAGAAGCCAAAGUAGUGGACCUGCUGCUGGACUUUGGGGCCGAUGGGUGUUGUAGGAACGCUGAGGGCAAGACCCCUCUGGAUCUGGCAACACCAAACAGCACAGUGAGAAUUGCACUGCAGAAAAGAGGUCCCUGCUCUCUGUCUCAGCUGUGUCGUUUCUGUAUUCGCCGAACUCUGGGAAGGAGUCGUCUGCACAGUGCCUCCAGCCUAUUCCUUCCACCAAUUAUCAAGGACUUCCUCCUCUACCAAUGAGCCGUCUCUGCUUGGCUUGUGUGGCUCUCUUUGGACUACAUAGAUUUAUUUGUCCUUCACAUUUUUACCUUGUCUCCAACCAAUGAGGCAAAACAUGUGAGAAAAAGACAUCUACAUUCAGAGAAUGGGACUAAGUUUUGUCAGUCGUCUGUAUUUUAUAAUACGGUUGCUUUCAAUAAUAUAAUCGUUGCCAUUUUCAUAUUAGUCAAAUGAAAUAUGUUGGAUACAAGUGUAAUUUCAUAUAAUAUUAGAGGUUAUGUAUUUUUGUACUCUUAAUGAAGUGCUUUCUGUUUCCUUUGUAUGGAUUUUACAUUGUUCCAAUUUUUUUUUUUAUAAUGACAGUUUUAUAUUUUUGUGCAGGAUCUCACAAAAUAGGUAUAACUUGUAAAUCUCUGUAUCCACUAAAAGUAAAUAUUGUAUUUUGUAAAAAGUAUUCUAAAAAGAUGAUGGUAAUGUUGUUUUGUGGGUAUCUAUGGUGAUCUAUAAGUCACAUGGCUGAUCAAUGGACUGUAAAUAAGGAAACCAGAAGCAAGACAAGACACACAAAAAUGUUUAGUGAAUAAAGCAUGGUGAACUGAGGAAGACGUAUUAAUUUUGAUGAACUUACAAAAAAUA